CGCACGCCUGACUUCCGGUGUCGUGGUAGAUUGACUGUAUUCAUGUAUUUUAAUCCAGACUCGGCUCGGUUUCCAGCAGAUUAAAGUGGGAAAAACACGAUUCUGACGAGUAGAGCAGAACCCUGAACGUAACGGAAAGUUUUCUGAAUACCCGGAAAACCUUGUGUUUCAGAUGGAGAAGGUGGAGCAAUUCUCAUGAAAAUGAAUAUUGGUUCUAAAAGCAAGAAAAGGCUGGUUCUACCGAGCCGACCUGAGCUCCCCACUAUGGAUGAGAUCCUGGAAGACAUCAACAAAGCUGCUCCUGAUGAUCCAGUUUUUAACAUCCUUGAUACAACUGAACAAGAUUCAUCCCAGCCUGCAGACAGUGAGGCGGAGCUGCGUUUCCAGCAGUGUUAUCGGUAUUUAGAGCUGAACAAGCGACUGAAGGAAGCUCAGGACCAGUUGCAGAAAAGGAGAGAAGAGCUCCAGGCGGCGGGUGAACAGCUGGACAGAACUGUGGAAGAGGUUAAAGGUCAAGUUUGCUGACCUAAUACUCGACACCUCCUCUUUCAGAGACUCUGCCUCUGUUCACUGAACUCUUCCCCUGGAAAACCUGACAGAGCUCAGACCUGGGACUUUGAGUCAGAUGGAGUCGGAUGACCUUUGACCUCACAUCUUGAACAUUUGCAUUAUCCCUAAUCAUUUCUGAGAGUUACUACUUUGUGAUGCUUUAAAGUCAGUAGUGCACAUUAUAAAAGAGCAAGUGGGAAAUCGGCAUUACAAGUAAAUCUUGGAACACUAAGAGAAGGAAAUAAAAAAAAUCAUUUAUUUAAAAAAAGGAAUAUUUGUUUUAUUUUGUCUACAUUGUUUUUCAUGUAUGUGGAAAUCUUUAUUCUUAAUAUUUUAAUGAUUAGAUCAAAAGCAUAAAGCAGUGCACAUAUAAUGAAUUAAUUCUAACAAAAUCAUAGUAAUUAAACAAAAACUAUGAAACUUAGAAAUAAACUGCAUGAUUUCUCUAUGCUAAUCUUUGAUUGUUUAGAAUCAGUGUUCAUGUCCUCGAUUAUUUGAAGCAUUUGUGUUUUUAUUUUUCAUUAAUCUACUGAUCUGAGAACAAGAAAACAAAAGGUGGAUCCCAUAGUUCAUUCUGGAGUUUACAAACAAUAUGAUGAAAGUUCAUUAACCGGACAUGAAAACACUGUUAAGGUAAAUCAACAGAACAAGGUAAUGUGUUUUUUAAGCACCAUUUGUACAAAACUGAAUCAUAUUUUUGAGGUAUAAACAUCUGCAGAGAAUACCUUUUAGAUUAAAAAAAAAAAAAAUCUGUAUUAGUAAAGCUACACCUCCCAG